GCAUGCAGUCAAACAAUCUGUCGGUGCGACAAGCAGGGUGAAAUCUCAACUCUACAUGGUCUCCAUGAUGUUACCAAAGACUUGGGGGCGGGGACAUUGUGUAAGCCAUGCUCGCUCAGCUGAUUGAGUAAGAGAUUCUCGUGUUAUUAUGUAGCUGGCAAAGCAGUUGUGCGGAGUCAAUUUUGGUACUUGUCUUGUCAUAAGUUUUGCGUGUUGUUAACUGCAGUGCGUAAUGAUUGUAGCAAGCUCUAGUGCCGACCAAACAAAAUAGUCUUUUGAAAGGAGAAGCAGCCGCCGCCGAACUAAUUUAUCGAAACAUGCCUGUUGACUCAAGAGUCUCUCAGGUCCGUCACUUGCUUAGAGAGUUGCUGGCGGGCCGUGAGGACCCGGAGAGUUUCUUCUGUUUUUGUGUCUCCAUUCUGGGACAUCAGGAGACGCGAGUCAGGUUCCGGGAGCUAAUCUCACCAAUCACUUACGUUCACCAUCAACUUCACAGCCAGCUCCUCUCUAUCUAUCAGGAGUACUUCUUAAGGGAUGUAGAUGAUGAGCUGGAGUUGGCACUGGCCCUCUCCCUGGUGAACACCAAUCAGACAUCCACUCAACAGCCUGUGCCCAGAAGUUAUGCCCAGUUGGCAUCGGCCACACCAGCUGCGCCGGUGAGAGGACACACACAGGGCAUGGACACAGAUAUAAGCAUGGGUACACACAAGACCCCAGGAUGGACAGGGAAGAGUCCUAAUGUCCCAAAGACUCCAGACAGACCAAAAGAAUCAGUCACAAACAAAACAGCUACCACUGAAAAUAAGGGAAAAGCUGAGGCAACCUCAUCAUUGGCCAAUGACAAUGACAGUCAGGAAAAGCUAGAUGCUGAUAACCAAUCAGAGAUGUCCAGGAAGUCGAGGAGGCGUCGCCAGCGGAAGCGCCAGCAACAGCUUCUGAAGAGCCCUUCCUCCCCCCGUCCAAUCCUAAUGUGGUUCAGGAGGGACCUGCGUCUCCUAGACAACCCUGCUUUGAUUGGCUGCCUGGAGCUUGGUGGUCCUGUCAUCCCCCUCUUCCUGUGGAAUGACCAGGAAGAGGAAGGGCCAGGUGUUACCGUGGCAGCAGGCGGGGCCUGUAAGUACUGGCUUCAUCAGGCGCUGGUGUGUCUCAAUCAAGCGCUGGAGCGAAUAGGAAGCCAUCUGUUGACGGUGAAGGCAGAGCCUUCUUCAGCGGAGGUCCUGCAGCGAUUGGUCAAGGAGACAGGGGCGGGGACAGUUGUAGCGACAGCUCUGUAUGAGCCCUGGCUGAAGGAGAGAGAUGAGGGAGUAGCCAGCACACUCCAGCAGCAGGGCAUCAGCUGGCAACUCCACCACUCCUACUGCCUACGAGACCCCUACACAGUCACUACACAGGGGGUGGGCCUCAGAGGAAUCGGCUCUGUGUCCCACUUCAUGAGUUGCUGCCAGCAGAACCCUACGGGUGCACAGGGCACACCUCUGGAUGCCCCUCCCACCGUACCUGUGCCCUCCACCUGGCCUACUGGAUGCCCGCUGGAGCAGCUGGGCUUGGCACGGAUGCCCCGCAGGAAAGAUGGCACCACGGUGGACUGGGCAGUGAAUAUCCGGCGGGACUGGGAUUUCACUGAGGAGGGAGCUCAUGCUCGCUUGGAGGCUUUUCUGCAGGAUGGUGUGUAUCGGUAUGAGAAGGAGUCGGGGUGGGCGGAUGCCCCCAACACCAGCUGUGUGUCUCCGUACCUGCACUGGGGUCAGCUGAGUCCCCGCUGGCUGCUCUGGGAUGCCCGCGCUGCCCGCUGCCGCUCGCCCAAGUUCCAGCGCAAGCUGGCGUGGAGGGACCUGGCCUACUGGCAGCUCACGCUGUUCCCAGACCUGCCCUGGGAGAGCCUGCGUCCACCAUAUAAGGCCCUGCGCUGGAGCUCUGAGCGUGCCCACCUGCGUGUGUGGCAGAAGGGCACUACCGGCUACCCUCUGGUGGAUGCAGCCAUGAGACAGCUGUGGCAGACGGGCUGGAUGAACAACUACAUGAGACACGUGGUGGCCUCCUUCCUCGUCGCUUACCUACACCUGCCCUGGCAGGAGGGCUACCGCUGGUUCCAGGACACGCUGGUGGAUGCUGACGUUGCCAUAGACGCCAUGAUGUGGCAGAAUGGGGGCAUGAGUGGUCUGGACCACUGGAACUUUGUCAUGCACCCAGUUGACGCGGCAAUGACCUGUGACCCCAUCGGAACCUAUGUGAGGCGCUGGUGCCCUGAGCUUGCACCACUGCCCGAUGAGCUCAUCCACAAGCCAUGGAAAUGCCCCACCUCCAUACUGCGCAGGGCAGGUGUGGUCCUGGGGCAGACCUACCCUGAGCGGGUGGUCACUGACCUGGAGGAGCGUAGGACCCAGUCGCUGCGGGACGUGGCGGAGGUGAGACAGCGUUUCAAGGAGUACGUGGACCAGCACUCUGGAUGUGACCUGGUACCCCUGCCCGACAGGCUGGUGGAGGAGGCUCUGGGCUCGACCGGGGAGGUCCUUCGUUGCGGCUCUCGUUUCCUCCUGCCCGUCAUCACUCGCAUGGAGUUCAAGCACCAAACAGCUGAUCCGGACAAAGCAGAUGGGCGGGGCAACCCGUACAACGCCGUGCUGAAGGGCUACGUGAGCCGCAAGCGCGACGAGACCAUCGCCUUCCUGAACGAGCGAGACUUCACGGCCAGCGUGAUGCACGAGAGCACCCAGCAGCGCGAGCGGGCCGAGCGCCACCACUGCCUCCUGGAGGGGCUCCCUGCGUCCCCUUCCUCCGCCACUUCCCGUGGGCGGCCCCGACGCACCCCCGCCAAAGACCCCUACUCCAUAGUGCCAGGGGGGGUGGCCAUGCCACAGAGGUGAUACCCACUGGGGGAGAGGGUUGCGUACUGGUGCCACUAAUGCAGCAGACUGCUGCAACAUCACCACAGUCACAAGUGUGCUGAAUAGGGAGUAUUAAUGCUUGGGGAGAUCUACAGUAUAAUUGUAUAGUACUAUAAGUCCUUUUGGGCCCAGGGACUCAAUCAGCUGCACGUCUACCUCAUGGCUCAAGAGCUGAUAAAUGACACGAUACCUGACUAUGGUAUGGUACAUCUCUUCUGACCUGAUACCUGACUAUGGUAUGGUACAUCUCUUCUGACCUGAUACCUGACUAUAGUAUGGUACAUCUCUUCUGACCUGAUACCUGACUAUGGUAUGGUGCAUCUCUCCUGACCUGCUGUCCUAGCUGGUCUUUCAUUGUGUACUUGGAUAACUGUUAAUGGGGGUGGGAGAUAGAUAUUACUCAUUAGACCUAUUAUGGUGAUCAUUCCCAGGUAAAAUCUGAAUGGUUUCCAGGAAUGACAUGUUUGUGCAAUUACUCAGGUGUGUUUUUAAGUGCCUAAAUAUUGCCAUGUCAGUCAAUAAGACAGUUCUCCAUCCCUCAACUGGCUGACUAAACAGCUUUGCUCUUGUAGAGGCUAGUCUCAUCUGAAGUGCAGCAAGUCGGGUACCGAAAGUGCCUUCAGAUUAGUGAAGUUCAGUUCAAAUGGCAACACAUCGGUGCCCUCAUACCCAAGAUGGAUCACUGUGUUUACUGAUAAUGCAAGAAAAUGCAUGCUCUUAAACAUUGUUCGACUUCUUGCCUUCCAAAUGAACUACUGUACUUUUUUAAAACUUGUGAACUGUAAUGCAUGCUUUCUCGUGAAGUGAAAUGUUUACAUACAUUUUGUAGAGAUUAGGAUCUUUUUCUUUAAAUAUGAUGUGUGAAAGGUUAUUUAUUAUGUCAGGUAUCGGUAUUUCUACAGUGGUUUUGUAAAUCAACCAGGCCACACUCCACUAACACAGUGUUUGUGAAGGAUAAU